GUUCCGAAGAGGGGCCAUGUCCUCAUGAAAUUACAAAGUAUUUCAGGCUUUGAAACUGCCCGGCUGACAUGCCAGUGACAGCGAAGGUGUCGCGUCAUAUUUUCAUCACAUGUGCUCACACCGUACGGAGAAAAUUAAACCCGGGUGGAUUUUAUACUUAUUUCGACUUCUUCUAAAAAUCUGGUAGCCAGAAAUGGAUACUGCACAGCGGUUACGUACACACAAUGGGAGGAGUCUUUGGCCUUGUUGCGUUUUAAUUGGCUGUUAGCUCGCACUGAGUUGUACGGUUAUCAGUAAUUAUAUUCACCAUGUUUUGCACAAGAAAUGACAUCCAGAAAGGGCUAUCUUCUUCGCCCGUCAAAUUAUACCACGAAGAUGUCAUGCUCCGAUAGCCCAUCUGGAAAUUCAUUUUUAGUAGACUCUUUGAUCAAUGUUAGAGCCGAGGGAAGUGGUCACUACUACCAAAGCAGUGUCUACUUGCCACCAAGCUCCGACUACUCUUAUGGACUAUCUAACUGUGGGUAUUUUCCCGGACUCAAACGAAACGAGAACCAAAAUAUGGUACCUCCAUCCGGCCCAUUUAUACAAGGAAUGGAAUCGUGGUUGGAAACGUCGAGAUCCUGUCGUAUUGAACAACAUAGCAACCAGACGGGUCCUAGGUCGUUUUCCCCCGCCAUAAAAGAAGAAAACUCAUACUGUUUAUACGAGUCGGAGAAGUGCCCAAAAGACACAAUAACCGAGGACAUCUCUUACUCGAGGGUGACGCCGAGUUCGUGUCCCGCUGUUAACAACGCCAGCGUUCCUGUACCCGGUUACUUCCGAUUAUCCCAGACAUAUUCAGCAUCUAAAGGCUUUCCUAACGAGCAGUCUAAUUCGAUUCAUUUUGCUGCGCAACGCCCAGCCCGUUUUGACAGCUCGCAUUCAGCCAUUCCUGCAGAGACGAGCGGGAGAGAGAACGAGGAGCACCCUGCUUGCACACCAUGCAUCCCCGUAACAGACAAGGAGCCCCGGAGGUCACCAGCCGACCACGCCUCAUCCCCAGAACCUCCUGAAAGUGGUGCAGACAGCCCGGGAAAAGCGAAUAAAGCAGGAGAAUCCAAAAGUGAAAAUACAGCCAACUGGUUAACCGCAAAGAGUGGCCGGAAGAAGCGUUGCCCUUACACCAAGCACCAGACGCUGGAGCUGGAAAAAGAGUUCCUCUUCAACAUGUACUUGACUCGCGAGCGUCGUCUGGAGAUCAGUCGCAGUGUUCACUUAACGGACAGACAAGUCAAAAUUUGGUUUCAAAACCGCCGUAUGAAGCUAAAGAAAAUGACUCGAGAAAACCGCAUUCGCGAGCUGUCGGCAAACUUCAGUUUUUCCUAAGGCCUCUUGGAGAUCUUUGGCGCCCUCCACCAGUUAAAAGGGUACCAAUUACAAGUCGACGCUCAAAAGUGUGCAUAUUCAAUUUGUGCAGGAUACUAUUGAUAACUUAUUGUGCGGUAUACUGUUCGGGAUUUUAUCUGUCAGUGUAUCAAUUUUAUUUCACAUUUUUGUCGUGGUAAUAGAUCGUGAUUAUUUAUAAACUGUCAAAUGGACUUUUACCGGCUGCAUAAAGCGUAGAAGAUAAAGAUGUCUAACUGACAGCUGUAAAUAGGCAGAUAAUAGUAUAAAUUAACUGUACAUAGUAUUGCAAUAUUUGCAUGAUGUAAUAUUAAUUACAAUUAAUUACAAUCAUUUAUUCAGAAAAUACUUAGGCUAAUUGAUUGCUCCGUUCAAUCUUUUUCGGUAAACAUCUAAGGGUAUUCCUAGAAACUAGAUUUUGUAGGUUUGUUAGGCUUACAUUCUAAGCACGUCGAGAUACUCACAUUUUGUGUUUUCACGGCAUUUUAAAGUAACUACACUCUGCAGAGAAAUGUGCUAUUGGCAUACGCUGCCUCGAACUGUGAAAUAAUUAAUAUGUUUUUCGAUCUUAUACCUUAAAACGAGACUUGGAAAUUGGACUGUGUGUUUCAGACUUUCCAAGAUAUCACGUAUGUUCAAAGAAACAUCAUAAUUGGGCGAAGCAAUUAUCACAAACACUAUAGCGCACUGAGGCGCAGUAUGGUGAUCUUCAGAUUAGUUUAUAAUUUGCUGCCAAAGAGUUGUUUUACCGUCCACUUUAUGCUAAUGUUAAAUAGCCUACCUCUCACUCUGCAUAAUGGAUACACUACCAAUAUCCCAAUAUUAUUUCAGACUUGUGGUGUUUUAGAAAUAUUCUGCUGUAUGUACAUUUUGUGAAUUCUGCUGAGAGUAGAAAGACUGGAAGCGUCGCCAAGUCCACAUUUACAUCUUGAUAAUAACGGACGCGCUUUCAGUUGCCUGUGAAAUGGAGAGAAAUAAAUAGGAUACAAAUUUGA